AUGUAUCUGGUAGCGCUGGAUUACAAAUUCAAGAGUGAUGACCAAAACCAAGUAGAUGAUAAUGGAAACGAGCUAGGCUACGAGUCUUUCAUUUUCGAAUGGGCCACUGUAAGGCCAUGCCCCAGCAAGAGCAUUGGUUUAUCGUCGGUCUCCACGACGGAGGGGUUUUACUGCACGAGAUCGCCUGAAAAACAGGCCGGUCUCGCACGUCCGUCCGGAACGCAGUCAAGGCGGAGUGGGAGAGACAAAAAGGCAGCGCUAGUGCGUAUCGCGGCGACAGGUACGCUCUUUGCCGCCGAGCUCAAGAACAAAAUUGGCAUUAAGGCGUCCGUGAGGACGAUCCAGCGGGCUCUGCAGCGUGUGGACCAUCGGGUCUACACCAAGAUGGAGCCCCUCACGGAAGCGAUAAAGCAACAAGCAUGGAAUGGGCGAAGGAGUACAUACUGA